AUGGCUCUCUGCAAUGUCUGCACCACUGCGAUCGAGAGAUGGCUAGUAUCCCGCGCAAUAACAAUGUAUACGGAUGAAUACCCGAAUUCAACUGAGCCGAUACAUUGGUGGCAUCAGCCGACAUGGGACGCGCUCGAGAUGGCGGCUAAGACAUGCCAUCUUUGCAGUUUUAUCUCGAGCGAAGCUGCUAUACACGUUGAGGAAAAUCGAUAUGGCUACGUCACCAGCAUUGCAAAAGAUGUCAGAGAUGAAGACAGUCGAAAGCUGCGAUGGCAGUUGUUCAACGGUAAUAGGUUGGAGAUUUUCUGCAAGGAGAGAAUGAUGAAACUGAAGAUGCACCUAGCACUUGACGAUGACUCCUAUGCUAGAGCACCAGAAACCCUACAGAAAGUGUUCAACGUAAGACUCGUGUCCUCUGCUGUCGAUGACGAGAGGAAUGUCUCUAUCACCAAACAAUGGAUCGAUACAUGCCGUACGAGACAUACAAAGUGCAAUUCAUGGACCGACCGAGACAGCAGUACUCGGCACCUCCCAACGAGAGUGAUAGAUGUAAAUAGUGAAGGCGACAAGGAAGUCCGUUUGCACAUCACAGAUGAAAGUGACAAGUCACACUAUAUCGCCCUGAGCUACUGCUGGGGCAAACCAGUAAAUCCAUUUCUGACCACAGCCGAGACAAUUGAGCGGCAUAGGGCUGGAAUAAAGGUGAGUUCGAUGCCAAAAACAUACCAGGACGCUAUCCACCUCACACGAAAGCUCGGUAUCCGCUACAUUUGGAUCGACGCCCUAUGCAUCGUACAACACGAUCGCGCAGACUGGGCCCGCGAAGCAGCAACCAUGCACAGAGUCUACAGUCGCGCCAUCCUAACUCUCGCUGGCCACUCUGCCUCCGAUACAUCGAGCGGUCUCAUCGUCUCCCGCCCACCUCGUGACCGAGCCCGCAUCCCCAUCCCCUGGCCCUUCACCACUGGUCCAUAUGUCGUAUCGCCUCCUUUUAAACUAUUCAUGGUGCCCGCGUACCCCGAUUUCAAGCCCACUCUCCAAUCCAGCCCCCUCUCCGCCCGUGGUUGGACAUUCCAAGAACGUGCCCUCUCCGCGCGCUUCCUACACCUUACGCCUUCUCUCGCUCAUUUUGAAUGCCGUGAAGCAUACACUAGCGAAGCUCUCAUGCGCAUGGAACCUAAUGUUCCAUUCGGCUUCGCACAUCUGAAUAUUGCAUACCCAGAUCGCACGAAAGUGCUCAUGCAUGACAGCUGGGCAGAGACCAUCGAGGCCUUCAGUAAGCGCAGCUUGACCGUCGACGGAGAUAGACUACCCGCGCUCGCCGGCGUAGCACGUGUUUUCGCGGAUAACGGGAUGCUCGGUGGGUAUCUUGCAGGUAUUUGGGGAGAUGAAUUCUUGAGGGGGCUGUUGUGGCAGGUCCAGCGGCGUAAUGGGGGAGCCAAGCAUCGUCGGGCAAGUGAGUAUCGGGCUCCAAGCUGGUCUUGGGCGAGUAUCGAAGGGCCCGUGGAGAACUCGACACUGCAGAGAGCGUUUGAGGGGACGCGGAUGCUGGAGGAGCUGGGCUAUGACCGACGGCAUGUGCAGCAAUUACUUCAAUUGACGGCAAGCGUAACAAUGGACGACGCGGACAUAUUCGGGAUUGUCGAGAAGGCGCACAUCAGUGCGCGAGGGGCACUUUUGAAGGCAGUCUGUAAGCUUAGGAGGGAAGAAGAGAUGAAGGGUAUGCGGUCAAUAGACAGCCCUGAGGCGGGAGACCCUAUCGGUGCCGCGUGGAUGGACGUGGAGGAUGAGACGAACGACACCGUGGACGCAUGGAUCUGCCCAGUAUUGACGUGCAAACAAACACGGCAGCAUCCUCUCCUCCAAGCUGAAGUGCUCAUACUCACCGAAGUAGCACCAGAUUGCAACCACGGCUUCAGUGGGAGAGUGUUCGAGCGAAUUGGCAAAGGUAGAGUUGCCGGAUUCUGGGUUGAAGGAUCCAAGCCUGAGGAAUUCACGAUUAUCUAGGUGUCACGGGCUGAUUAUGCUCCUUGUUUCCAUCGUUCCCACGACUGAAUCACGAGCUUGAUCGCCACAUCUUUUCCUAAAGCUCAGUCAAAGCAAUCGGCAACUCCCGGACCUCACCUCCUGAGAUACGCGCCGUCUUUUUCGAAAACAUUAUUCGCUUCGAAGUAAGCAUCACGGAACGCCCAGAUCAGACUAAGCUUCAUCUC